AUGUCAUCAAGUAGUAGACCGGAUGAUCAUCGGCGAAAAUGGGACCGAGACGAAUACGAAAAGUUGGCCAGAAAAAGACUGAUGGACGAUCUCGACGACGAUCAUUCCAAGGACCUAUCCCCAAUAAAAAGAGAAAUGCUCAAGCAACGAGAUUACCGUGUAGACUUAGACUCAAAACUUGGAAAAAGUGUUGUAAUUACUAAAGCCACUCCUUCUUCACAAAGUGGAGGAUAUUACUGUAAUGUUUGCGAUUGUGUGGUUAAAGAUUCCAUUAAUUUUUUGGAUCAUAUAAAUGGAAAAAAACAUCAAAGAAAUUUAGGAAUGUCCAUGAAAAUUGAAAGAUCAUCAUUGGAUCAAGUGAAAAAACGAUUUGAAACAAAUAAAAAAAAAAUGGAAGAAAAGAAAAAAGAUUAUGAUUUAGAACAGCGUUUACGAGAAUUGAAAGAAGAAGAAGAGAAGUUAAAAGAAUAUAGAAAAGAAAAAAAGAAAGAAAAAAAACGAAAACAUGACGAAUUAGAUGAUGAACCACAAAACGAUGAUAUGGCAGCAUUAAUGGGAUUUUCAGGUUUUGGGACGUCAAAAAAAUAA